UUGUCAAAAGACAUUUGAUAUUUAGUCCCAAGGGCCAAAGCAUUAUGGAAUUUCAGAAUACUAGUAUAUAUGUGUGUGGGUGGCUGAAUGGUUGAUCAACUUCAUAGUUCUAUCAAAUGACUCAUUUGACAUGUCCUAUUCAUUUUCCAUUUAACUCUUUUCCCGUCUAUACAAAAGGAUUUUGUUUACAGAACUAUGUCAAGCGAAGAUGGUUCCCAAGAUGACCAAUACAAACAACCACAAUACUACCAACAAACUUCUGGUGCAGGAAAUAGCUUUGAGGGGAGUUAUGGCCAGGUUGUGGAAGUAGGAUGGUAUAUUCUUGGUGAAAAUCAACAACAUGUUGGACCUUAUGCGUCUUCUGAGCUGCAUGAUCAUUUCUUAAAUGGAUACAUCUCAGAAAGCACACUUGUAUGGUCUGAAGGAAGAACAGUAUGGCAACCAUUGUCGUCAAUUCCUGAAUUGAUAUCAAGAGUUUCUCAACAGGGAGCUGAUUCUACCACAGCAGCUCCAGUACCUGCCAAAAAUGAUAAUGAGUUGGAGAACUGGCAUGAAGUAAGAAAGGAGGCAAAAGGAAGCACUAUUGGUUUGAAAAAAGGAUCUCCUUCUGGCAAUAAAGAGCAAGCUGAUUGUUCAUCUGCAGUGCCCUCCAAUGGUGAUGAGGCUGUGUUUGAGAAAUGGCAGAAGGAGAUCAUAGAGGCAGAGAUUGAGGCUGAACGGUUGAAAAACGGGUCUCUUUCCAGCACUGUUGGUGGUGACAUUGAUUUAGAUGAUCGCAAUAGAGUUCCAUCGCCACCAGAUGGAGAGGAGGAAUUUACAGAUGAUGAUGGGACUUCAUACAAGUGGGAUAGAGGUCUUAGAGCCUGGGUGCCUCAGGAUAAUACAACAAGCAUGACUGGGCAAUAUGAGGUAGAAGAAAUGACCUUCUUGAAAGAAGAGGAAGUUUUUCCAACUGUGAAUAUUCUUGAUGUGGCUACAAAGGAAGAGGAUAAUUGUACUGGUGAAACUCUGGAAUCAAAACAUAAUGGAAAGAGGAAACUAGAGGACAUGGAAGCUGAUAAGAAGAACAAGCAAGCAGAUAAACAAGACAAUCAAGCUGAUAAGAAGGCAGCCAAUAAAGCCCCUGAUGGUUGGUUUGAAUUGAAAGUCAAUACACAUGUUUAUGUAACUGGGUUGCCUGAUGAUGUCAUGGCUGAAGAAGUUGUGGAGGUAUUUUCCAAGUGUGGGAUAAUCAAAGAGGAUCCUGAAACCAAAAAGCCUCGUGUGAAGAUCUAUGUUGACAAAGAGACGGGAAGAGUAAAGGGAGAUGCAUUAGUUACAUAUUUGAAGGAACCAUCAGUUGAUUUGGCUUUGCAAAUUUUGGAUGGGGCACCUUUACGUCCUGGUGAUACAAUCCCUAUGACUGUCAGCAGAGCCAAGUUUGAACAGAAGGGGGAUAGAUUUAUACCCAAAAAAGUAGAUAACAAGAAGAAAAAGAAGCUAAGACAGGUCGAGGAGAAGAUACUUGGUUGGGGUGGCCUUGAUGAUGCAAAGGUGUCAAUUCCAGCUACUGUUGUUCUUCGUUACAUGUUUACUCCUGCUGAAAUGAGGGCUGAUGAGAAUUUACGUUCAGAACUGGAGUUGGAUGUUAAGGGGGAAUGUGUGAAGCUUGGUCCAGUUGAUUCAGUCAAGGUCUGUGAGAAUCAUCCACAGGGUGUGGUGUUGGUAAAAUUUAAGGAUAGGAAGGAUGCUCGAAAGUGCAUAGAAUUGAUGAAUGGUCGAUGGUUCAGUGGUCGACAGAUUCAUGCUAGUGAGGAUGAUGGAUCAGUUAAUCAUGCUUUGGUCCGAGAUUUUGAGGAUGAUGCUGCUAGACUGGAGCAAUUUGGAGCCGAACUGGAAGCUAAGUUAAUAUUUGCACAACACUGAAUGUAUGUUUGAGAUGCACAACACUGACUAAGUUAAUAAGUUAAUAUUGAAAUGCUGCUCAUAAUCUAAAUUUUAA